UUUUUCCCCCUCAUUCUCUGCCUGUUGGUUUUUUUUUUUUGCCUUUUUUUUCUUUGCAUUCACCUGCCUUAUUUAGAGUCCCGCUUUACCUCGUUGCAUUUUAUUUCAGCUUUUCAGUUCAACUCCUACCCUUUAUUUGCACUUUAUCUCCGCUUUAUUCAUUUGCAUUUCACUUCUGCUUCAUCACAUUCUUUCCUGCUUUUUUUUUUUUUUCCUUUGCCUUACUGCCAUUCCGUUUCAGCUUUUACUUUCCUCGUCCACAUUUUUCCUUCCUCUCUCUUCACGUCCCGCUUCCACUCUUUCAUUCCGACACCCCCACCUUCACUCUUCUCUCCCAUCCCUCCCCACCACCUGCACCCCACCCAGCCCCCGAACAAAGCCCGCCGGGGGGGCACCGCCUUUGUCCGCGCUGCAGUGCUGUGGAUGCUCACCAGGCGGCAGCUCCGCUCCGCUCCGCCCUCCGCAGCGGCGCAUCGCCGCUCCCCCCCCCGCGUCCCGCCCCCGGGGGCGUGGAGCCGCUGCCGGUUCCCCCCCGGGCUACAAAUAGGCGGCGCCGGAGCCUCGCCGGCUUCAGUGCGAGGAAGGGAGAGAAGCGGUGCUGCUGCUGCUCGGUGUUCCUUCCGACCCCUUUCCUGCUGCUGCAGUCGGCUGGAAGGGUUUGACUUGAAAGCGGAAAGAGAAAAAUCUGUCUUUUUAAUUUAUUGUACUUAUUAUUUUGCGUUUUGUUGUUAAGAUCAGCGCUUCGUCCUCCUGUGCACGCGGUGACCGCGCAGUGCCCGCACCCCCAUCCCUUCAUCCUCCAAGCAGCGAAUCGUUUUUAUUUUACCUCUUUCCCCUCCGUUUUUUUUUUUUUUUUUCCCCUCUCCCUUUCCAUUUUUUUUCUCCCUUCCCACCCCGUACAAACGCCCCAAGGUGGCCGCGGAGCAGCGCAAAAAGACCUUUGUUUUAACCAUGCCCAUGGAGCUGACGCAGAGCCGCAUCCAGAAGAUCUGGCUGCCCAAUGACAACCACCCGGCGCUGCCCCGCCGCUCCUGUGGGCCACAGCUUGCCAAUUCUCCCACUGUGAUAGUGAUGGUUGGCCUCCCAGCCCGGGGGAAGACUUACAUCUCCAAGAAGCUGACCCGCUAUCUCAACUGGAUUGGUGUCCCAACAAAAGUUUUCAAUGUGGGGGAGUAUCGCCGUGAGGCAGUGAAGCAUUACAGCUCCUAUGACUUCUUUCGCCCUGACAACGAAGAGGCUAUGAAAGUCAGGAGGCAGUGUGCUCUGGCUGCCCUGAGGGAUGUCAAGCUGUACCUGACGGAGGAGGCUGGCCAGAUUGCGGUUUUUGAUGCCACAAAUACCACACGGGAGAGGAGAGGGAUGAUCCUAAAUUUUGCCAAAGAAAAUGGGUUCAAGGUGUUCUUCAUCGAAUCUGUCUGCAAUGAUCCCAAUGUUGUUGCCACCAAUGUCAUGGAAGUGAAACUGUCCAGUCCUGAUUACCGGGACUGUAAUUCAACCGACGCCAUGGAGGACUUCAUGAAGAGAAUCAAUUGUUACCAAGCCAGCUACCAGCCACUUGACCCUGAUGACUAUGACCGGGAGCUUUCUCUCAUCAAAGUCAUCGAUGUUGGCCGGCGGUUCCUGGUCAACAGGGUUCAGGAUCACAUCCAAAGCAGGAUUGUUUACUACCUAAUGAACAUCCAUGUCCAGCCCCGCACCAUUUAUCUCUGUCGGCACGGUGAGAGCGAGUUCAACCUCAAGGGGAAGAUUGGAGGUGACUCAGGCCUCUCCAACAGGGGCAAGAAGUUUGCACAGGCACUGAACAAGUUUGUUGAGGAGCAGAACCUGAAGGACCUCAAAGUCUGGACUAGCCAACUGAAGAGAACAAUCCAAACAGCAGAAGCACUUCAGCUGCCCUAUGAGCAGUGGAAGGCCCUCAAUGAAAUAGAUGCUGGUGUGUGUGAAGAAAUGACUUAUGAAGAAAUCAGGGACCAGCAUCCAGAGGAAUUUGCUUUACGUGAUCAGGAUAAAUAUUACUACCGUUAUCCUUCUGGAGAGUCCUACCAAGACCUGGUGCAGCGCCUGGAGCCAGUCAUCAUGGAGCUGGAGAGACAAGAGAAUGUCCUUGUGAUCUGUCACCAGGCUGUCAUGCGCUGCCUCCUUGCUUACUUUCUGGACAAGAGUGCAGAUGAAAUGCCCUACCUGAAAUGUCCUCUUCACACGGUACUGAAGUUGACCCCAGUGGCUUAUGGCUGCCGUGUGGAAUCCAUCUCCCUGAAUAUUGAAGCUGUGAACACUCACAGGGAGCGGCCAGAGAACAUGAACAACUCGCAGAAGCCGUCGUGAGACCCUCAGUGCUGUCGCGAGGCCACCAGCGACGCCAGCUCCCAUCCCAUCAUCAUUUCUGAAGCUUGCUUGUAAAACAGGUCUCCUCCAUUUGUGGCGAGGUCGACCCUCGGCUGUUUCUACCCACGCCUGUUCAUCUGCAAACUGCUCUACUGGAGGGGGGAGAGAGGUGGGAGAGCGAUGGAGAGGAAGGAGACGAACUCCCAGAUCUUCAGGCUGCAGCGUUGCUCUCCUCUCCGGUGUCCUGCUAGUGUGUAGCAAGCUGGGAAGCGCUUGUAGCGCACAGGAGUUUCCAAGUUCUAAUUUUUCCUUCUCUAAGUGGUUUUGAGCUCUUUUUGUAUAGACUAAUGGUACCCAUCCAUCUUCGGGUGGAGUGUGUGUAUAUAUGUGAAUGGUGCGGGGUUAGCAGAGUAAUGGGGACAAGAAGGGAGGGAGGGAACAAAGGGGGAAUUUUGAUUUUUUUUUUUCUAUUAUUAUUAUUAUUAUUUUAUAAGUAUUACUAACUUUUUUUUUUUUUUUUGCAAGAAAGCCCUUAAUGUGCUGUGCUGCAGUCCCACACCAGCUACAGCCUGCCAUGUGCACAGCCCAGCUCAUGGAGAUACAUGAAAACUGCUGGUUUUAGCCAAAAAUAAUAAUAAUAAUAAUAAAACCCUCAUGUUAAUUGAUGCAUCUCAAAGGGGGGUUGCAGAGAAGGUCAGUGUGCUGCUGUGAAGUUGACUAUAUGAGCUGCUUGUAAUAUUGAGGGGAACCAUGCUGACGUUGGCUCUUGGGGAUGCUCUGCAUUGGAGGAAGGAGGAGAUGGGGUGGUUGUGUCCGUGCAUCACUGCAGGCCAUAGGUGGGCAGCUGCACUGGGUGCAUUUUUGCAGACACACUUGGCCAGAAUGCAGGAAGGGUGUUGAUGAGAAGUCUCAAGAAGAGAAUUUUUUGUUGCUGUUCUUCUUUAAUAUAUAUAUACACAUGCACACAGGUGUGUGUGUGUGUGUGUGUGUGUGGGUAUAUGUUUAUACUUUAGAAACCGCUUGGUUUUUGCACUUUAUUUGUGGCAGAAGCAUGACUAUAUUUCUUUUUUUUUUUUUUUUUUAACUUGUGCCUCUUAACAGGGGAAGCUUGAAUACAGGCAAUUUUUUUUUUUUUUUAAAUUUUUUUUUGCAUGCUGGAAGCUGGGAUUGCACAAAAGCAGUCGCUAUGGCUUCCAAGAGGGGUGUUUGCGUGUGUGUGUGUGUGUGCAGGGGGCAAUGGACACAGUCCUGGCUUGGGCUCCAUUGGCCAACUCUUGGAGGCUGGAGAUGAGAGCUUUUUGAUGCAGGCUGUGAGCCAGCAGUUGACUGUAGCAAUUAACCACUACUGCAUUGUGCAAAAAUCUGUGGUUUUCCCCCCAAUCCCCUCCUGUGUUCAGCAUCUCUCUGUUCCCAUUUUUUUUUUUUUCUUUCCUACUUCCACAGCUGAACUGUGGAGGUAGAGGAGGCAAAGUCAUCAGGGUCUUCCUCCAACACUGGAGGGUUGGAGAUGAGCAGCCCUAUGCUUUAAUCCUUUCUGUGGCUUCCUCCUCUUUCCUUAGUAGGAAACAACAUCCCUGCAGAUGGGAGCGGAGAGGUUUGUGGGGAAAGUGGGUUUUUUUCCUAUUGUUGUGAGUGUUUUUUUUUAAUUACUAUUUUAUUUUGGUUUCAGGGGGAGGGGGGAGUCAGUCCCUUUGUCCUGUGAGAAAAGGUGAACCACAGUGCCUAGUGCUUCAGUCCCAUGCAACAAAACCACAUUGCAUAGGCUCGGAGCAGUACCGACAGCAGGGAAGGCUCAGGGACUACAGUGGUCCCUAUCCAACCAUCCUGGUGGUGCCCUGUAUGAGCGUGUCCAUAUGUGUAUAUUGUACAGAUGAAACUAAAACACUUAUUUCCCCCUUUUUUUUUUUUGGAUUUGCAAUAACUGCAUUAACGCAGACUUGUGUGCUUGCAGUUGAUGUCAGCCCUUUUAGUUUCUCUGCCUUUGAGAAGGACAGACAUUGGGGGAAGGUGACUUUGCUGCCUUCUCAGCCCGUUUCCUGGGGAGCUGAUCUGUCUCCUCCUGCUACCCAAAGAUAAGCCAGCACACGCAACCAUGAUGUCUGGCUGCCCGUGAUUAAUCCUGUAAACAUGUUUGGUGUGUACUUGAAUGCGUGUCUAUGGAUACAUACAUACAUAUACAUAAAAGUCUGCAAGAAAAACAAUAAACCCAAACCCAACAAUAAACCCGAACAAUUUCUUCUCUGGAAAUAGAAGUCUUGGUCCUACAAGAA